AAACGAUUUAUCAAGUCAGAUAUAUUUCGAUCAUUCUUGUGUGAGGUGUGCUCUUCUUGUUUUUUCAAUUUACUAUAAGAUAUCAGUAAUAAUGAAUUUUUUGGUUUGAGAGAAGAAAUAUAAGUUUAAUUGUUGAUUGUUUUAUUUUAAAAAGUUAUUUUGAAAAAUGUCUUUUGAAUUGGAAGAAACCCCUAUCGAUGAGGAGACUAAGGCUAUUGCCGUAAAAGAACUCAGGGAGACCGAGGAAAAUGUAAAAAAGGGUAUUGAGACACUGAGAAAGUAUAUCGAAGAUGAUAAAACGUUAUAUUUCAAAACGGACGAUGAUUUCCUUGUGAUUUUUCUUCGAGUAUGUAAAUAUUAUCCAGAAAGUGCUUACGAAUUGUUGAAGAGAAUCGCUGAUUUUAAAGUGAAAAAUGCUUCUCUUAUAAACAAUUUAAUGCCAACCGAUGAAAAGGUAGCAAUUCUCGAGCACAAUCUCGUAAACGUACUUAAAGGUAGAGAUGAUAAAAGACGAAGAGUGUUAUUAAUCAAUGUUGGAAAAUCAUGGGAUCCUUCGAAAGUCAGUGCCGAUCAAUUAUUUCGAAUACUAUAUCUCAUUCAUAUAGCCGCCAUGUAUGAACCUGAGACUCAAGUACGCGGUUCUGUCGUAUUAAUGGAUUUUGAUGGUCUCUCGAUGAAACAAGUGAUGGGCUUGUCACCGUCAUUUAGCAUGAGACUUUUAAAUUUUAUUCAAGAUGCUAUACCAUUGCGAUUAAAAGAGGUUCAUAUCGUAAAACAACCAUUUCUCUUCAAUAUGGUCUGGCAAAUGUUUAAGCCUUUCAUUCGUGAAAAACUGAAGAAGCGUAUGUUUUUCCACGGCACGAAAAUGUCUUCAUUGCAUACUCACAUAAGCCCUAGUCAUCUACCAAAAAAUUAUGGUGGCGAACUACCAGAAAUCGAUUAUUGCAGCGCUGAUUGGUAUCCAACGAUUCUUAAGUUUGAGGAUAGAAUAAAAGAAUGGAAUUUGUAUGGAUAUCGCAAGAAUGAGUAAUUUCAGUCCCCUAUAGUAUAUUCUUUUUUCUUUUCUCGAACAAAUUCAAGACUGGAAUGUUUUUCUUUAACAAUAGUUAUUAUAAUUAGAAAGUAAUUGAUUAAGAUUAUAGAUCUAGCUUAGAGUUUUACUCGAAUUUUAUAUUCUGUAUAAUUCAUGGUAUAUAAUUUUUUUAAUAGAAUUUUUCUGUCAUUUAUUGAACGUCAUUCAUUCGCAAAUACAAAUCUAUCUAUUGUAUAAAUACUUGUUCAUAUAAAUAAGCAUAGAAUUGUGAGGAAUGAAACAUAGUUCCUAAUUGUAGGAAAUUUAUGCUGAAUUACAUAUAAUGUAUAAUACAUUUUUAUCAACGUAAAUACGUGUUUCUUUUUUUUUAGACAAUUUAUAAUUUUAUUAUGACUAGAUUGCGGAUAUUUAUGCAUGACGAAUUUGUAAAGAACAUGUGAUAUUUAUACACAAAAAAUAUGCAAAAAUAUAUAAUAAAUAUACACGUAUGCGCGUAUGUAAUAUUAAGCAUUAACAAAUGAUUUACAAAUAUUCCAUUGUAUUGUGUUUAUAGAAUUACACCAAAUUAAAAUCAUUUUUUUGAAAUU